CCCAGCCAUGGGCAAUGCCACCAGCACCAAGGGAGAAAAACAAUUGUACAUCGCGGCCAUGGCCAACGUCACACAAAUAGAAAGGAAGGAGAUGGGCAUGAUCCGCAAAUCCUUCGGCGACGCGUGUGUGACGGGCGCGUACAUGAUCAAUAGGGACCAGCUCGCCGACGCGAUGACGGCGGCGAACAUCAUGCCCCAGGACGUCGAAAUUUUAGAAAGGAUGUUCACCAUGUUCGACAAGAUGGGCGCGGCUGCUAUUGAUUACCGGGAAUUUUUGGCCGGCCUCGCACCACUGGUCCGAGGCGACGUCAAGGCGCGAGUACUUUUUGGAUGCGAGAUGUUCGACGUCAACGACGCGGGCACCAUCAAGAAGCACGAAUUAGCGUUAAUAGUGAACGCGAUGAAUAACGUGGCGUCGUGGUUCGGGGACCCGGCCGUGACGCCGGAAGAGGUCGAUGCGUUGUGCGAGAACGUCUUCUUGGAGUCGAAGGAUGGCGUGGUGGUCAACUACGGGGAAGUGGUCCACCAGAUCGUCGAGGAUCCGGCCUUCCGGACGUUUUUGGCGGGGCAAGGAAGUGUUCAUUACGGCUAG